AUGCAGUCCUCACCCGGCAUGUUGACCAAGUUCGAGUCCAAGUCCUCACGGGCGAAGGGCAUUGCCUUCCACCCCAAGAGGCCAUGGAUCUUGGUAUCGCUCCAUUCGUCAACCAUCCAGCUUUGGGAUUAUCGAAUGGGUACAUUGAUCGACCGAUUCGAGGAACACGACGGGCCCGUUCGAGGCGUCGAUUUCCACAAGACGCAACCACUGUUUGUGUCCGGUGGCGACGACUAUAAGAUCAAGGUCUGGUCUUACCAAACUCGGCGAUGCUUGUUCACUCUGAAUGGCCAUCUCGACUACGUCCGAACCGUGUUCUUCCACCAUGAGCUGCCAUGGAUUCUUUCGUCCUCCGACGACCAAACCAUUCGGAUAUGGAACUGGCAAAACCGCUCCUUGAUUUGCACCAUGACCGGCCACAACCACUACGCGAUGUGCGCCCAAUUCCACCCGAAGGAGGACCUUGUCGUUUCUGCGUCACUCGAUCAGUCGGUUCGCGUCUGGGAUAUCUCUGGUCUGCGAAAGAAACACUCGGCGCCCACCUCGAUGAGCUUCGAGGAUCAAAUGGCUCGUGCCAACCAGAACCAGGCCGACAUGUUUGGAAAUACGGACGCCGUUGUCAAGUUUGUGCUCGAGGGCCAUGAUCGCGGUGUGAAUUGGGUGGCCUUCCACCCGACCAUGCCGCUGAUCGUCUCGGCUGGCGAUGAUCGCUUGGUCAAGCUCUGGCGUAUGAGCGAGACCAAGGCGUGGGAAGUCGACACUUGCAGGGGCCACUUCCACAAUGCUUCGGGCUGCCUUUUCCACCCGCACCAGGACCUGAUCUUGUCCGCGGGUGAAGACAAGACCAUCAGAGUGUGGGACUUAAACAAGAGAACGGCAGUUCAGUCUUUCAAGAGAGAAAACGACCGGUUCUGGGUCAUUGCAGCCCACCCUGAAAUCAACCUCUUCGCCGCAGGACACGACAACGGCGUCAUGGUCUUCAAGCUGGAGCGCGAACGUCCCGCCUCGGCCACGCACCAGAACAUGCUCUUCUACAUAACCAAGGAGAAGCAUGUCAAAUCAUACGACUUCCAAAAGAACGUGGAGAGCCCGACCCUUCUGUCGCUGAAGAAGCUGGGGAGUCCUUGGGUCACCCCUCGCACCCUGUCAUACAACCCAGCCGAGAGAUCGGUCUUGGUCACGACACCUGCCGAUGGUGGCUCUUACGAGCUGGUCAACCUUCCCAAGGAUGGAUCCGGGGCGAUCGAGCCGACCGAGUCGAAGCGCGGCUCCGGAAACUCGGCCAUCUUCGUUGCCAGGAACCGUUUCGCUGUCCUCGACACAUCGAACCAGACCAUCGACAUCAAGGACUUGUCGAACAACACCACGCGGUCUUUCAAGCCCCCGGCGGGGACUACGGACAUCCACUUCGGCGGCACCGGCAAUCUGCUCAUUCUAGCUCCGACGGCUGUCUAUCUCUACGACAUCCAGCAAAAGAAGAGCAUCGCUGAGCUUGCUGUGAAUGGUGUCAAAUACGUUGUGUGGUCAAACGACGGUCUCUACGCCGCGCUCCUGAGCAAGCACAAUGUGACAAUCGUGACAAAGACCCUCGAGCAAGUCAGCACUUUGCACGAGACCAUCCGUAUCAAGAGUGCCACAUGGGAUGACGCCGGCGUCCUCUUGUAUUCCACGCUAAACCACGUCAAGUACACGUUGCUCAACGGCGACAACGGCAUUGUCCGUACUCUGGACCAAACUGUUUACUUGGUGCGCGUCAAGGGCCGCAACGUCUACUGUCUCGACCGAGCGGCAAAGCCCCGGGUUCUGCAAAUCGACCCCACCGAGUAUCGCUUCAAGCUUGCGCUGGUCAAGCGAAACUAUGAGGAGAUGCUUCACAUCAUCCAGACUUCGAGUCUCGUCGGCCAGUCAAUUAUCUCCUACUUGCAGAAGAAGGGUUACCCUGAGAUUGCCUUGCAAUUUGUUCAGGAUCCAACAACUCGUUUCGAUCUGGCCAUUGAGUGUGGCAAUCUCGACGUUGCAGUCGAGAUGGCAAAGGAGCUGGACAAGCCCAAGUUCUGGUCUCGAUUGGGCACCGAGGCACUUGCUCACGGCAACCACCAAAUUGUCGAGAUGUGCUACCAGAAGCUCAAGCAAUUCGACAAACUGUCGUUCCUGUACCUCGCGACCGGCGACCACUCGAAGCUUGCCAGGAUGGCUAAGAUUGCCGAGCACCGAGGUGACUUUUCUUCGCGAUUCCACAACGCUCUCUACCUGGGCGAGGUUGAGGAUCGUAUUCAAAUGUUCAAGGAGAUCGACCUUUACCCUCUGGCAUAUAUGACGGCCAAGUCCCACGGUUUGGAGGAGGAGUGCCAAGCUAUACUGGAGGCCACUGGCAUAACUGAAGACCAACUUACGACACCUACUUUGGGCGAGUCGUUGGCACCCCCUAAGCCGGUGGUCCCCACGUUCAAGAGCAAUUGGCCAACAAAGGCCAGCUCCCAGUCUUUCUUUGAGAAGGCGCUUCUCGGCCAGGUGGAAGGACUUUCGCUCGAAGACGAGCCAUCGCGCGGCGACGGUGCGGGCUUCGAGGACGGCGCGGAGGUCGAUACCAUGGCGAAGCGCAACGGUGCAUUGGCUGAAGAUGACGAGGAGGAUGUUGCUGGGUGGGACAUGGGCGACGACGACGUGCCUGAGGCCGACAGCGACUUCGUCAACGUCGACAGCGCCGAUGCGGGCGGUGCCGGGAGCAGCGAGGCCGAUCUUUGGGCCAGAAACUCACCUUUGGCCGUCGACCACAUUGCCGGUGGCUCGUUCGAAACCGCGAUGCAGCUGUUGAAUCGCCAAGUUGGCGCGGUCAACUUCGCACCUCUGAAGCCUCGCUUCCUCGAGGUAUACCAGGCAUCUAAGACGUUCCUGCCGGCCUCAUCGGGCCUACCGUCUUUGAUCAACUACGUUCGUCGCAACGUCGACGAGACAGAUCCGCGACAGGUCCUCCCUGUUGUGCCGCGGGAUCUGGAGCAUCUCGCCUCAAACGACUUGCAAAAGGGUUACGACUCGAUGAAGUCGAACAAGCUUGAAGAUGGUGUCAAGCUGUUCAAGGGCAUCCUUCAUGCCAUUCUGGUCAACGCCGUGUCCAGCGAAGGUGAAGUUGCAGAGGCGAAGAAGCUCAUUACGUCCGCAAGCGAAUAUGCUGUCGCCAUGGACAUCGAGCUUGCCCGGAGAAGGCUCGGCGCCCCAGACGCUGUCGCUCAGGACCCUGCGAAGCACAAGCGGAGCCUGGAGCUCUCGGCGUACUUCACGAUCCCCAAGAUCGAAGUGCCGCAUAGGCAAUUGGCCCUGUUAUCGGCCAUGCAACUGGCCGUGAGAAACAAGAACUACAACUCGGCGCUGAGCUUCGCCAACCGCAUUAUUGCGAACGGCGGUUCAAGCAAGAUUGUUGAGAAUGCCAAGAAGACGAAAGCUCAGUGCGAGAGAAACCCCAACGACGCCAUCGACAUCGAGUUUGACCAGUUUGCCGAAUUCGAGAUAUGCGCCGCCAGUCACACUCCGAUCUACAGCGGCACGUCGUUCGAGGAGUGUGCGUUUGAUGGGUCCAAGUACCACUCCAAGUUCAAGGGCACCGUGUGCAGGGUGUGUGAAGUCUGCGAAGUCGGCAAGCAUGGCAGUGGCCUGAAGUUAUUUGCGUAG